AUGGUAAUCUUAGACGAGAAAUCUUGUGAUAAAGGAAGUUAUGAGAGUUAUAAAAUCAUCCAGAAGAUCUCAAGAGCUCAUGAACGAGCAGUCAUAGGCGUUGCUUAUGUACAGGACACUGAUUCUCAGCAAGAGUACUUAGUGACGUGUGCGCAGGAAUCAUUGAAAAUAUGGCUUGUUGAUGCUAAUGAUCCAGGAUUGCUAAUUGAAAAGUUGGAGAUUAAAGAGUGGAGAAGUGGUGUACAAGAUUUUGAUGUAACUUCUGAUGGAAAAAUGAUAGCAGUGGUUGGCACUGAUUCUACGAUACAUAUUUACAAGUUAUCUUUCUCUGAUUACUCUCAUACCUCAGAAACAUUCUAUGAAGGAUUUAUGCAGCAAUGGUUUGUUAAAAUAGCACCUAAAGCGACUCAUUUAGUAACAGUGAAUUUUUCUGGACUUAUAAUGGUAGUUUCAACUAGUGGUAAAGUUCAGGGAAGCUUUAAUUUCAAUGAAGCGCGACAAAUCUCCUCCUUGACAUAUAGUCCAGAUGGUCAAAGUAUUGCUAUAGCUACCAAUGAAGGAAUUGUCACUAUAGUCAGUGUUGCAACUCUCGAGACGCGUUUCUACUUUGAAGGCUCGCACGCAAUCAAAGUCAGAGCAGUAUGUUUCUCGCCAACAUCAGAUCAUUUGUUGACUGGUUCGGACGAUAAGAUCGUGAAGCUUCACAUGAUUAGUGCAAACAAAGCGCAGUUGGUAAGGAGUUUUUGUGGACACAGAAGCUGUGUUACAAUGGUUAAAUAUCACUCUCAGGAUCCAAAAAUGUAUAUUUACUGUUAUCUAGAAAUUAUUAUUUUGUUUGCUAGUUCGUCAAAUGAUGGCUGCGUGAUUGUGUGGAGCACCACGCAACAUCACCCUCUUCAUAUUUUUCAGGGAGAUCAUGAAGGAGUGGUUAGUUUCACAAUAAAUUAA